AUGUCGCUCUCAAAAAGCGAGUCGGACAUCAUCCUUAACCGAGCCAAUGUCGCCCUAUCCCGAAGCCAAAGGCUCGUAGCCUCCUGGCUCCCGCAAGAAUCCACCGACGAACUAGCAACUACCAAAACGGAGGAAGAACUACAACGAGAAGAAGACGAGAUUUUCACUGCUGUGCCCGAGACCCAUGGUCACCUUGUACUAAAAAUAGAGAAAAUACAGACUCGGCGUCGGCGCCCCCUCCCCCAAAAAGCAGCCGACGGAAGCUGGAACCGCACCGAGCUGGACUCGAAUGAUAAAUUGCGCAAACAGCUUCUCGGCAAGAAUUAUGAUCGUGUUAUGAAGGCUAAGGCGGCGCAGAAGGCUGCUGUGGCUGGUUCGACGACUACGGCUGGAUCUGUUUCUGCGGCUGGGAAUAAUGCUGGUGCUGGUGCUGUCGAGGAGGAUGAUGAGGAUGACGAUGAGGACGGGCGGUCUGCGAUGAUCGGCAGGAAGAAGAAUAUGAGAGGUCCCGGGGCUGGUGCUGGCGUUGGUCCUGCGCGGAAGAAGAAGAAGAAGGGUGGGAAUGUUGUUGAGGAUGUUUUUGCGAGUCCUGUUGUUGGUGCUGGUGCUGAUACUGGCACUGAUACGCAGGAUUCAACGCAGACUGCGACUGCUGAGGAAGAGAAUGUGCCUUCAGAACCUACGCCUGCGCCUGCGCGCUCAAAGGGGAGGAAGAAGGCGACGAGUUAUCUGGAUGAACUUCUAGCUGAGCGUGCGAAGAAGAGAAAGAAGAGAUGA